AGUCCCGACUUUACAGGGCCUCACCCGACUGGCGACAGCUUCACUUUGGUCCCUUGAACCCCAACAACCAACGACGCCAAAAACGGAUACACCAAAUAUUCACAUUUACACAACCUCCUCAAGAUUACUAGAACCAACAUUCCACACGUGGCGCGUCACAACCCUUCAACCAUGUCGCUCCUCCUGGCGCACUUGGAGCAAAUCUCCACGUCAUGCGAAAGCAUCGACAGCCUUCCUUUCCCCCCUCCCAAGAUCUUCACCAACGCCCUCCUCUCCAACCACGACAUCACGUCCUUGAUCCGCGACACCGAAGCCCACGAGCGCGCCCUCUUCUCCGUCCCUCCCCCUCCCCCAAAAGCCACCACCCAGGCACCCGACCCACCAAAGCCCACGAACCGACGACAAACCAUUUUCAACGUCGCCGGCGGCGAGGUCACCACAGGCCCACCAGCCAACUCGACGCGCAGCAGCGGCCCGACGCGCCGUAACACAGCCGUGGCCGCCGUCCUGGGCGGAGAUCUUCACGCACAAAUAACGCGACGCAACCCUGGCGGAAGCGGUGGUGGUGGCGGCGGCGGCGGGCAAGGAGGCGGCGAACUCGACAUCCAAGUACUGCUGCGCGGUGCCGAGAAGCUCUGCACCGUAUACCCCUUGCCGGGCGCGCUGGAGAGGAUACCGGCUCAGCGACGAAAGAACGAACAGCUGAUGAAUACGCUCGCGUACUAUGAGGCUAGGGUGGCGGAGCAACAAGAGGCUUUGGACAGGUUGAACCUGGAGCGCUAUGCGGAAGAGGAGGAAGUGGAAGAGGCUGGCAGGGAGAGCGCGGCUGCUGCCGACGUGAUGACGGAGGAAGAUCUGAGGAGGGAAGAGGAGGAGAUACGCGAGCUAGAUCGAAGGAGGAGGGAGUUGCAAGCGAGGUUGCGGGCGACGGAGCGCGAUCUCAAUGGAUUGAUGGAGUUUUGAGGUGUGGUACCUGCUCAAGGGGAGCGCAUACACGCCAAAAGCCGUCAAAGUUGAUCACACCACGACGGAACAA